CUGCAGGCUAACAGGGGGAGGAUGAGAGGUGGGCUGUGAGACAUGAUGGACCUCCCCAAUGGCCAAUCAGGUGCCACCACUGUCGCUGCUACAGCCUCUGAGAAGGGCAGCAGCUCUGAGUCUCUCAGUGAAAAGGGUUCAGAGCUGAAGAAGAGUUUUGAUGCGGUCGUGUUUGAUGUGCUCAAGGUCACUCCAGAGGAGUAUGCAGGCCAGAUCACCCUCAUGGACGCUCCUGUGUUCCAGGCCAUCCAGCCGGAGGAGCUGUCCAGCUGUGGCUGGAACAAGAAGGAGAAGCACAGCUCCGCCCCAAACGCUGUGGCCUUCACACGCAGGUUCAACCAGACCAGUUUCUGGGUGGUGAGGGAGAUUCUCCACGCUCAGACCCUGAAGAUCAGAGCGGAGGUGCUGAGUCACUACAUCAGAACUGCCAAGAAGCUGUGUGACAUGAACAACCUGCAUGCUGUCAUGGCCGUGGUGUCAGGCCUGCAGAGCGCUCCCAUCUACAGACUCACCAAGACCUGGGCGAUGCUGAGUCGUAAGGACAAAGCGUCGUUUGAGCGUCUGGAGUACCUGAUGUCGAAGGAGGACAACUACAAACGUCUGAGAGACUACAUACGCAGCCAGAGCAUGACAUCCUGCAUCCCCUACCUGGGUAGGACUCACGCACACACACACACACUCACACACACAGCCGUGAAAUCCCUGACAUGUGGGGCAGGACUGUAGGACUGUCGUGACUUC